AUUUCCAGACAGAGAGGUGCUUGACAUGGUUGGGCUUACCUAUCUUCCCAUUGAAACGGAGCCGGCCAGAGGUCCGUAUCAUACCAUCACGACUGGUACCGCAUCCGAUAAUAGGAAGCUGUUUGCCUAUAAUCAUCUCGUCUAUGCGGAUGCCUUUAGCACAUGUUUUGGGCCCUGGCCACUGCUUGCGCCAGCUAAGUCUGGAUCCACACGUUCAGUGACGCAGAAUUCUUCUUCUAGCUCGUCAAAAGAUUCAUCCCAGUACCUCGAUAGAUUCUUGGAGCUGACCGGAGACUACGCUCCUCCUGCCAUAAAUUCGUGGUUUCAUGCAAAUGCAGUCAAGGUUAACCGAUUCUCAGCAAAAUACCAACAGCGCAAACAUCUUCCGUCCGAUGCCAAUUAUUUCUUCCCAGAUCCGCAUAUUUUUCUUGAUGUUUCUAAUCGUGGGCGUACAGCAUAUCUUCAUAUGUGGAAACAAAUCAGUUCCUUUUGGAAGUACAGAGCGAGCUGUAAUAAACCGGAUGCUCGUCCACUUUCCUCUGAAGAGUGGCGCGAUCUUCUCGGUAUUCCCUUGAAAGCAUCGACCGAGUCUGAGAUUCGGAAACAAGUCAAAAUAUUCUUGGGACCGUCCCCUGAUAGCAAAGGAGUGAGUUAUCAUCUCAAUGCCUCCGACUUUAACCUUCCGAUUGAGAAGAAAGAGGCGUUGGAGCUCGUAUGGGAGAUAUGCGAGCCGAAUUUCCGUUUCGAGCUUCUAUCCCUUGACGUUAGGGCAGCCGCCAGGUCGCCCAGAUCACAGUCAACUGGAGAUGAAUACUUCCAAGCAGAAAGCACGUUCAGAAUAGAGCGGCAGACGAAAUUCGGAUGGUGUUUUCCCGAUGCCUUCUCUUCGCCACAAUCCGCUCGGGCUGACUACGGGAUUUCGUCGACGCACUGGAGUCGAAGAUUUAAAAGGCUGAAGUACUUGAGGAAGCUCAUGGAAGGAUGGGCGGAUCCCCCCCGGCGCGAAGUGAUGACGAUUCGGCCAGAGGUGCUGGAGAAGGAAUCAAGAGUGUCGGUGGAAUGGGAACAGGGAUUGGUACAGCACUACGUUCAAACAUUUUACGAUUAUUUUGGACGACCCGCUAUUCUUCCUCGCCGGCUUCCAGCGGAAUGCCAACCAGUAUCUAGAAUUUAGGACGCAGAAAGGAACUUGUAUACACUUAUAUUUGGUCUCGAGUACGUGUUUACAAUGUACCUCGAGUUCUUCUUGACUUGAA